GCAACUACUAAUCGGUGCACUUUUUGGCAGUGUCAGCAGAGAGAGGCCAAGGACUGAAUCAUUAUAAGCACUGAACUUUCUCUCAUAGAGGGGAUUCUCAGUUUAACAUUUGCAGGGCAUUUGUAGGGAUGCUUGCAUUGCCACUGCUCAUUCUAUUCCUGUCCUUUGGAUAAAUUGGGUACUACAGUCUACGUUGCUGCCAAUCUGGCUAAAUUCACUUGCUUAAAAAAUUAAGGGAGGUUAUCCCAUUGAUGAUGUCAAUUUCAGAUUCACAAUCAGAUAUAGUGGAUUCUGAACAGUGCCACUGUCCUAUGUAGUAGAUAGCUGUGUCUUGCCAAAUACUUUCUGAAAUGCGUAGUCUAUGCAAUAAUCUGAUUCUGUCCAAGGCAGAGCUCCUUUCAGUUAUUCUGACUCCAUCUUCUGACAAAACAAAGUAUUUUAGCUGAAUCUGUUAUUUGUUCCAUGCAUUGGUCAUGUUUUUAUCUUAUGAUCAGUUUUUAGGAAGCGACAAUAGAAGUUGGCUGGGGGAUUUUUCCUUUUCCUCUCCCCAAAUAACUGUUCCUGCUGAGAGAGAAGUGCUUGCUUAAGCAACAUUUAUUAAUAAAGGACGGGUCCUUUCAACUUUGAAGAUGACGACAACUGUUUCAGUGCUAAAGGAGGAGCUGGUUUCCACUGAUAGUGAGCUGCAGGCAGUAGAGAUCCAGAUUCAGGAACUUCUGGAAAGACAACAGGAGCUUAUUCAUAAGAAGACGGUGUUAAAGAAUAAAAUAAAACAAUUUUCAGAAGAUUCAGAGGCUGGGGAAAGUGAAGAAACCGAAACCUCAGCUGAGGCAUGGAACAAACAAGACUUCCUGUGGUAUGAGAAGAUCAAAGCUACAUUUCGUAAUAGCUUUAAACUGCAGAAGUUUAGGUCUCUGCAGCUUGAAACAAUAAAUGCUACAAUGGCAGGAAAGGAUAUAUUUCUUGUCAUGCCUACUGGAGGUGGAAAGAGUUUGUGCUAUCAGUUACCUGCAGUAUGUUCUGAAGGUUUCACACUUGUGAUCUGUCCUUUGAUCUCACUUAUGGAAGAUCAGCUAAUGGUUUUAGAACAGCUGAGAAUUUCUGCAACUUUAUUAAAUGCUUCAAGCAGUAAGGAACAUGUAAAGUGGGUUCACACCGAAAUGCUGGAUAAGAAUUCGCAGCUAAAACUCAUUUAUGUUACUCCAGAGAAGAUUGCAAAAAGCAAAAUGUUUAUGUCAAAACUGGAGAAAGCUUAUCAAGCAGGGAGACUCACUCGUAUUGCUGUGGACGAGGUUCAUUGUUGUAGUCAAUGGGGACAUGACUUCAGGCCUGACUACAAGUCACUUGGUAUCUUAAAACGACAAUUUCCCAAUGCUCCAUUGAUUGGGUUGACUGCAACUGCAACAAGUCAUGUUCUGAAGGAUGCUCAGAAAAUUUUGUGUGUUCAGAAAUGCAUUACCUUUACUGCAUCUUUCAACCGGCCCAAUCUUUACUAUGAGGUUCGUCAAAAACCUUCAAACAGUGAGGACUUCAUUGAGGACAUUGUUAAGAUCAUCAAUGGAAGAUACAAAGGGCUCUCAGGAAUUAUCUACUGUUUUUCACAGAAGGACUCAGAGCAAGUUACCAUUAGUUUGCAGAAACUGGGAAUUAAGGCAGAUGCUUACCAUGCAAAUCUGGAGCCCAAAGAUAAGACCAAAGUUCACAAGGGAUGGGCAGCCAAUGAAAUCCAGGUGGUAGUGGCAACAGUUGCAUUUGGCAUGGGAAUUGAUAAGCCAGAUGUGAGGUUUGUAAUUCAUCAUUCAAUGAGCAAAUCCAUGGAGAACUACUAUCAAGAGAGUGGACGUGCAGGUCGAGAUGACCAGAAAGCUGACUGCAUUUUAUAUUAUGGUUUUGGAGAUAUAUUCAGAAUCAGCAGCAUGGUAGUGAUGGAGAAUGUGGGGCAACAGAAACUAUAUGAUAUGGUAUCCUAUUGCCACAACAUGAACAAGUGUCGCCGCGUAUUGAUUGCUCAGCAUUUUGAUGAAGUGUGGGAUUCUGCAAACUGCAACAAAAUGUGUGAUAACUGCUGUAGAGAGAAGCUUUCAUUUGAGAGAAUGGAUGUAACGGGAUACUGCAGGGAUCUAAUCAAAAUACUAGAGCAAGCGGAUAACAUGAGUGAAAAACUCACUCCACUGAAGUUAAUUGAUGCCUGGCUGGGCAAAGGUGUGUCAAAGUUAAGAGUGGCUGAUGUUGUUCCUCCAACGCUCCCUCGUGAUGAACUGGAGAGGAUUAUUGCCCAUUUCAUUCUGCAGCAGUAUCUGAAGGAAGACUUCAGUUUCACAGCAUUUGCUACAAUAUCCUACUUGAAAAUUGGACCCAAAGCUGAUCUGCUAAAAAAUGAGGCACAUGUUAUCACCAUGCCUGGGAGAUCAAACAAAAAAAGUGUUGACAAGGUCAAAUCUCCUCAGUCUUCUAAUUCUGGAGGGACUGGUGGAAACGUACGAGAAGACAUUUCUGAGACUAUCCAGAACUCUGCUGCAAAGAAGACAAAAGCACAGAAACGGCGCCAUUGUGAGAACAACCCUAAAACAAAGAAGCUUAAGCUUGAGGAUGACGAUGACUAGCUGGUAGUCCUGGACUGAAUUUUACAGUGAAAAGUAUAUCUAGGAUCCUACCAUUUCCGCUUCUCUGUGAGAACUAGGUGCAGAAGUAUAAUUUGUAUUUUAUUAAUUGCUUCUUUUAAAUGCAAAGGAUUUGUGUGUUCCUCAGAAAGAUUGGGCAAAAAACAAAUAUAUGCAAUUUCUGAACAUACAAGCAGACAAAAAUCUGGUGUUAAGUAGACCAUGGAUAAACAAAGGGUUAUCAGAAUAAUCAGCCCAUAUCUGAUGAUAUGGGUCUGAUGUCUCAUGCAGAUCAUUUCAAUAUAUAUUGCUUUUUUCAAACCCUCUUUAUUUUACAAAGCACACAAUGUCAUAGUAAAAUAUACUGUAGUAAUGCACUUAAACUCAUAAACGUAAAGCAUCCGCAUUAUACCCUCUAGCUACACUGCUUCUAAUGAUAGGAAAAGCAAAUUAAACAGUAUAUAUUCACAUAUACACAACAACAAAUAUAUUUAUCACAUUAUCUCUUAAAUUUCUCCUGCUUGUUGUUCAGAUGGAAAAAUUACCCUUUCAAGAUCUGUUUAAAUGUUAGAAAAGUGUAUGUUGGCUUAACGGUUGUAUUUUCUAAAAAAUUAGGUGCCCAACUCCUACUGAAAGUCAAUGGGAGUUGGGCACCUAAUUCCCUUGUGGGCUUUUCAAAAGCACCUUAUUUAAAACAAAAACAAAACCCCAGUUCCUUGCCCUUGAGCAUGUUUCUUUCGUUUAGUUCAUGUUGUAUUAUUCGGUGAAUGUACAAACAACAAUUUCACUAACGAAUUUGACCAAGAAAAUAACAAGUCAUUACCUUUUAAACACAAAUUGUAGAACUAGUUCAACAUACUUCAGCUCGGACCUCAUCCUGCUCCCACUGAAGUCAAUGGGAAACUUGCCAUUCACUGAUGAAUAAUUAGGCCUAAAGUCUCACAGGAACACACAUACUUCUGCUCCAAUCUGUGCGGUGUUAGGAUGUGGGCAGUAUUCUCUGAUCUGUUGGCGCACCAGUACUUCAUGGAGUAGAUAUGGAAAUGUGUUUUCCAGUACUCACACUGUUAAGUGUUUUAGGCCUAGAAUAUGGCCUACCUUAAAUUUAUCUACUGCAGUAUCACCUCUCAACCCUAAUUUUUUAGCUUAACCACUUUGUCUCUGAGAAACAUACAUAUAUAUUCAUUUAUGCGCACCUGUUAUUUUUGUAGACGGCAAAGAGAGCACAAGCCACUGAACAAUCCCUAUUUGUAAAAUGCUGCUGAUACUUACUUACAACAGCUUAGAUAAUGAUAGCAAACAAGGCAGCUUUUGUUGGCUCAUCUGUCAGAAACUAGGAAGUAAAUCAAUGUUUUUAGCAGACAGAAAAGAACAAAAUUUACUAACAAAGACCUUGGACAAGAUCCUCAGGUGGGGCAAGUUGGCAUAGUCCCACAUGUCAAGGGAAUAAUCAGUGCAGAUUUACACUAGCUGAGGAUCUGGUCCCUCAAAUUCAAAUUUCUACAGGAGAACAUAAAAUCACUUUUGAACUGAUUGGAAACGUUAUUUUACGAGAAGUUUGAGAUGGCACACUGUAGCUGAACGUUAUCAUUUUUGUUUGCAGUGACACCCUAGGAGCUUGAAACUGACAUGUUCCUUUGACUAACUAUUUGAUCUUUAAAUAUGCAUCCAAAGGGUUGAUAAUGUAAGGUUACCAACAGUCCUACAAUAACAAUCAAGAUUAUCAGGCAAGCUGUGUGCAUUAGUCAAUCUGAGAAAGGAUUGUUACACAUUAAGACCAUUCUAUCUGUCAUUCCUAAAUCCUGAAUAUACAGUGGCCUUAUUUAUACUUGGUAGCACUGUGCAAGUAAAAGCAUGUUGUUUGAUGGCAGGAUGCCAUGUGGCCACUGCAGGUUUUGUAAAGUGGCUUGUUGGGGUUCAUCCUUGCCCAUACUCCCUAAGGCAAAAUGCAUGCAUGUGCUUUAAAGUGUAUGUAUCUUUUACAUAUGUAUAUUAGAGAUAGACCCAAGCCCCUAGAACUUCGGUGAAGUUCUGAUCUGGAUCUGAAAUUUGACACAAGCCCAUGCCUAAAAUUUUUCUUAUCCCAUAUAAACAAAUUUACAUUUUACUAGCUGAAUUUUGUCCUGGUGGGCAAUCUGCAUAUCAGCUACUUAAAAUGAUGCUGUUGACAUGAAAAAAUGCAGAUCACUGAAAUUUAGUAGACAAAACUUGCACAAAUAGAUUAAUCCCUUUAAUGGGGUGGUGUAAGGAAACCUCAGGACUGCAUUGUUGUGCUGGCUUACGUUUCUGGGAUUGGUUGUCCAUAGCAGGUUCAUCCUUAAUGUGCUAAGUGUUCUUUGUGGCGCCGAACUAGUUAAUCAAAACUGUAAUAAUUACUGAGACAAAGAAAUGAUGCUGAAAAAUGAUCUAUUAGAUCAUAGGGAAUGUUGGUGGUAGGACAACUGCUCUUGAUAAAUAUUCUGAAAGCGCAGGGAAUUUAGCACAUACAGCUAAAGUUUGUAGCUUUGGUAUUAGCUUUUGACUAUGAUGCCAUGUACAUUGGCCCUGGAAUAGAAUUUGGAACGUGAGUUUAAAUAUUGUUCCAAACAAAACUAAUUUUGAAUAGUCUUCGGCCUGUUUUGCUGGAAAUGCAUUCAAAAACAGUUUCCAAAUUCUGUUCCCAGUUAAGCAUUGACAGGGCCUGAGGCUGAAGGGGUGGGAGAUUUCAUCGUAGAAGGGAAUAUGAGUAGAAAAUUGAGAGUAUGAGAGAUCCCCACCAAACCAUUACUCUUGCUUUUUGCUAUAAAUCCAUCCUGGUGUUUUUUUCCCCACGUAUAAGCUUGCAGAAAGUCUAGUGUUGAAUUUUUUUUAGUAUUGUACAUUAACAAAUCACAGUGGAUCAGAAUUGAAGUGACUAUGGAGUAGGUGCCCAAUUCUACAUCGCAUAUGGCUUAAGACCUAAUAGCAGUACUGGUCCACCUUUCUUUUGUUAUAACUGCAGGAUGACAACUGCCAGGCUUUUAUGCUGGCAAGCUCAAAUGUCAAGCAAUUUUUAAUCUCAAAGAUACGAAUACAAAUGUUAUGGUUUUUAUUAAAUGUAGACAAAUGUAUGUAAGUGGCCUGUAGGCACCUGGUUGCACACUGACAUUCUUACCUGCACAUGUGCACUUACACCGGAAAUAUUUUCAUAGAAGUGAUUGUACUGACUUUUUGCACUGUGUUACAGAACUGGGCAUUGUAUUUCUAUGGAAGCUCACUAUUUUGCUUCAAAAUGUUGUAUCUUGAAACAAUUGCCGUACUUUGUUUUAUUUUGUGUUUCUGGAUAGUGUAUUUUAACUAUAUGUGCUUGAUAUAGAAAAACCACGGCUAUAAUAGUGGAAAAUGAGAGUAAAUCUGAGUUCUGGCCACAGAAAGUUCUAGACUUUCUUCAGUUUCAGAUGAGUCUUGUUCCCUUCCCCUCUCCCCGGCAUCUGCCUCAUUCUGUGCCAUUAUCUCUAACUUGCAAAUCGUAUCUGGCUUACUGUUUAACACGUAGGAGUCUCACAAAAUGCUUUCUUUAAAUUGGCUAAGCAGGAAACUACCAUUCCCAUCAGUUCCCUUCCCCCUGACCAUCUAUGCUGGAUGUCAUCCCAUUCCCCUGGUCUAUAAUGGGAGGAAGCAGCAACUCUAUGGAAGAACCUGACCCAGCAAAUCUUGCUUUGGAGGAGUGGUGGCUGCACGGUAAAUCUGGAGUAGCAGGCAAGUUGAAUGCAGGGGAGUCAUAGGUGGAGCUCAUACUGUGCAUGAACAGGUUGUGAGUAGUAGAUGUUGCAACCAGAUCAGGUAGUGCAGAACCUGUGGGCAAGCACCAGAGACUGGGCAGGAAGCAACUGCAGAGGAGCCUCAAUAAUACUAACCUAUCCUGGCCUUAAAACCUGAAAGCUCCUAUUUGCCUCUAGCUGAGAUUGGAUUGGAGAGGCACCCAGGUACCAGACUUGAGGAACCCUAGCACCCACAGCCCUCCCCUCACCAAGCCCAACUAGGAACCACUGUUGUUCCACCUUAAAUUGCAACUGUCUAAGCCACUGUUGCUAAAGUAUUUGCAACCCUCCCCUUUUGGCCAGCCCUAGUAAAAUGUCCCUUCCUUUAGCCAUGUGUAUGAAGAGUAGCUGGGACCCAUUUGGUCUAAGUGCCUAGAAUUUGAAGUGCCUUCAGUGCUUGCCACAGGUGUGGUACACAUGGUGUGCUACUAGGUACCCUAGAAGUUUGGUGUACCACAGCAGGAGCAGCUGUCAUAGUUAUGCUAUUUCUUAUGUCAGCUAUCCUGGCGUGCAGCUACUUUUUAAACACACCGUUAGUUUGGCCUGGAUGGCUUAAAAAAUGGAUAUUGAGCUGUUAAUGAGAAAUUUUGGUGCAUUUUCUAAAAUUUAUAAAAUUAGCAUUUAGCAAAGUCUUUUGGCCAACUUCAUGAAAAUUAAUUAUGAAGGCUAGCAGUGUGUACAAGCCCAUCAGCAAAAUCUCAAAGAAAUUGUUUAGCCAUCUUUUAUCCUAGGAAAGAAAACAGCUAAUAUUGUUACUGUUUUGGCUAAAUUCUGCAAGUUUUACUAUGGGAAAAUUCUGGACGUUAAUGCAUUUUUCCAGGAUGAGGUUGGCAGGAUUGGGCCUGUGCUGGAAUAUCAGACCCUCUUUCAUGCUACAGCAUCGUUCUCCACAUGCUUCCAUUUGUAAGAUUCUGUGGUACGGUUAGUGAGAAGUACAUUUUGGUCACUUUUUCAAAGCUAGCUGAUGUCUGGUCGUAGAACCUGAAAUGAUAGCUCAGAGAUGUGACCUGCCUCAUUUUAAUGGCUGCUAAUCACAUGCUUAAUGAUAAUAUUUUAAAUGUUUACAUUUAACUGUGAAGAUCUUUAUAAUAUGGUUUUUCCUCUUACCACUGAAUGAUCAAUCAAUUGGGAAUAGCAGCUUUAGCCAUACUAAAGGAGUGGGUGGGAGAGAGUACCACCACUUUCUUCCCCAAACGUGAAGAGCUCUAGCGGGUCACACAAACCUCAACCAGGGGAAGCAAACCCUGUGAAGCCCAAGAGAACUGAUGGACUUGGUAUAUUCAACCCCCACAAAAGGACUUAACUAUAUUCUGAACUCCUGUUAAUGGUACUUGUGUGGGCAGAGCUUAGAAUAUCACUGCCUUCUCCUGCCAUACAUACUUUUACCCCUGGGCCUCAUCCUUCAAACACCGAAGUCAGUGUUUUUUGGUCAUUGACUUCUUUGAAGUGUGGAGUCCACAUUUUUUAAAAUAAUUGCUGCACAGAAAGAGCAGGCAGGUAAUACAUCAUACCAGAAUGUUGGAGCAGGGUUUGGGGCAUUACAUGACUAUGAAAAAAGGCUGCUUGCCAAAGUAUGGCUUUGAUCACCUUAACUCUCCUUUGCUCCCUUACCAAACCUUCAUAUGGAUCUAUAUUAACAGUCCAUACCAACAAAGAAAAUCUUCUCUUUUCUUCUGCAGUACAACCUCCCCUCCUCUUCACCAAAGAAAUUUUUUUAUAGCUGAAUUUAAUAAGCAAGUGACUUCACAUCCUUAAAUGUAGAUUUAAUAGGUGCAGACAUGAUGCUCUGGUAAAUCACCUACAUAUAUAUGCAUUUGUCAAGAUUU